GUUCUUUUCCCGGGGGCGUCAUGGCGGAGGCGGCUCUGGAGGCAGUUCGGAGGGCGUUGCAAGAGUUCCCGGCGGCGGCUCGCGACCUCAGUGUACCUCGUGUUGUGCCCUACCUGGACGAGGCUCCAAGUCCACUCUGCUUCUACCGGGAUUGGGUGUGCCCCAAUAGGCCCUGCAUUAUCCGAAACGCUCUGCAGCACUGGCCGGCCCUCCAGAAGUGGUCCCCCUCCUACUUAAGAGCCACAGUGGGCUCCACGGAGGUGAGUGUGGCUGUGACUCCAGAUGGUUAUGCGGAUGCGGUACGAGGGGACCGCUUCGUGAUGCCUGCCGAACGCCGCCUGCCCAUAAGCCAUGUGCUCGAUGUGUUGGAGGGUCGGGCCCGGCACCCAGGAGUCCUCUAUGUGCAGAAACAGUGCUCCAACCUGCCCACUGAGCUGCCCCAGCUUCUGUCUGACAUGGAGUCCCACGUGCCCUGGGCCUCUGAGUCACUGGGAAAGAUGCCCGAUGCCGUGAACUUCUGGCUGGGUGACGCAGCAGCAGUCACAUCCUUGCACAAGGACCACUAUGAGAAUCUGUACUGUGUAGUCUCUGGCGAGAAACACUUCUUGUUACAUCCACCCAGCGACCGGCCCUUCAUCCCUUACAAUCUCUACACACCAGCAACCUACCAGCUGACGGAAGAGGGCACUUUUAGGGUGGUGGACGAGGAAGCAAUGGAGAAGGUACCCUGGAUCCCACUGGACCCCUUGGCUCCAGACCUGGCCCGGUACCCCAGUUACAGCCAGGCACGGGCCCUUCACUGCACAGUGCGGGCUGGCGAGCUGCUGUACCUGCCAGCUCUGUGGUUCCACCAUGUCCAGCAGUCCCACGGCUGUAUUGCUGUGAAUUUCUGGUAUGACAUGGAGUAUGACCUCAAGUACAGCUACUUUCAACUGAUGGACGCCCUCACUAGGGCCACAGGCCUUGACUGAGGAGACCCUCACAGACCCUGCAGACACUGCAAGGACAGCAGGGAUUGAGGGGGUUCUUUGAUUCUACAGGCGGCCUGGAGUUUGAAUAUGCCCUGGCUGCUGCCCAGGUUCCUGCCUGUGUUGAGAUCAGGCAUUGACGGACUUGGAAUAUAGUUGGAGGUUCAGGAAAUGCCAGGCAGGUCUGGGGGAAUGUGCCAGGAAGUUGCCACACAGGUGACAAGGAAGCACGGAUCAGGUACAGCAGUGCCUCUCACCAGUGCUGUGACCUUGGGUGAGUCACCGCAUGUCAGCAUCAGUCCCUUGCCUGUAAAUGGAGAUAAUAAUGGCUCUGGCUCCCAGAGCUGUGGGAAUAAACAUGGCCAGUGUAGAGGAAGCCGUCAAUAAAAGGUGACACUGA